GAUCUGAACGAUGUCCGACGGGGGAGAUCACUAAGCGCUUCUCUAGUUCUCUUGGUUCAGUCCGUGCCAGACAGCCGCUAUGUUAACAACCAUAAUCCUUUUCUGUAUAGCUGGAUUGCAUUUGACAGCAAAUGGAUCACCAUGCACCGUGGACCCGGACGGAAGUGAAAAGUUCAACGAAUUUGACUGGAAUUUAACGAAGGUAGCGGUAGGAGCCAGCGGUGCAAACAAGAAUGUGAUUCUGUCGCCCAUAAGUCUCAAGCUAGUCUUGGCGACCCUUUAUGAAGGGGCGAAAGGGAGUUCGGCGAAGCAGCUCAGGGAAGCCCUCGACUUGAAAGAUGACAAAUCGAAAUCGACUUCCACGUUAAAACUGGCGAAAAUCGUCAACUGUCUCAAGAAAGAAUAUGCCGGCUACGAUCUGGACAUCGGCACAAAACUAUUCAUGGACAAAGGGGCGAAACCUCGGCCAUCUUUCCAGAAGAAAAUUUUAAACCUUUACAACGCGACAAUUGAUCAGGUCGACUUCAAAAACACUUCAGCCACAAUCACGCACAUCAAUGCAUGGGCAAAAGCUGUCACAAAAGGGCAUAUUCAGGAUCUUUUAUCAGAAGCUGACACUGAAGACAGCAUAGUUCUUCUUCUUUUGAACGCCGUCUAUUUCAAAGGAGUGUGGGAAAAUAUUUUCGCCGCGAACGAGACGAUGCGUGGGAAAUUCCAGGUGGAUCCUAAAACCACGGUCGACGUCGAUUAUAUGAGAGCAACGUUCAACCUGUCCUACGUCGAAUCGCCUGCGCUCAGCGCCAGCGUCGUCAGGCUUCCUUACGUUGGAGGAAGAUUCGCCAUGUACAUAAUCCUUCCUUUCAAAAAGAACGACUUGCAUAACGUCAUGAGCUCGAUAACACCGGACUUGUUGAGGGCCGAAGUCAAUAAAAUGGAGCCCAUUACUGCGAGACUUUCACUGCCCAAGUUCAAAGUGGAAUUCGCUUCGAGCUUAGCACCCGUUCUUUCAAAGUUAGGAAUAACCGAUAUAUUCAACUCGAAGGCGGAUCUUUCAGACAUAGCUGAGAGCGCUAAAGACCUCGUCGUAUCCAACGUGAUUCAGAAAGCCGGCUUAGAAAUCAACGAACAAGGAAGCACGGCUUACGUAGCCACUGAGGCUGAGCUGGUCAGCAAGUUCGGAGAGUACAUAACCGACGUCGACGCAUCCCACCCUUUCCUCUUCUUCAUAGAAGACGAAGCUACUCGGACGGUCGUCUUCGUCGGACGAAUAUCCGACCCGACGGACGGCGGACGUGCCAAAGUCGCCGGCGUAAACCAAUACCCAAUGGUUUCGGCGUUAGGAGUAGCGUACAAUCCCGAAACCAGCAUGUCUGUAAGUGAUCGGCGGCUUGUUUUUUCUCAUUUCGACAUGGAACUGUCACGGAGCAUAUUUGACGAAUAUGAGGGAAACACAAUCGUCUCGCCAGCAAGCAUUAAAACCAUGCUUGCGCUUAUUUUGGCAGGCGCGGGAGGCAAGACAGAGGAAGAGAUACUCCACUUACUCAGAUUGGACAGCUUUUACAACACAACUUCAGCGAGGAAAUUUCUACAUGACUACAACAUGGAUUUGCAGAAUCCAUCGAACAGUAUAACAAUGAAAUCAGGAAACAAAAUACUCGUGAAGAAAGGUUUAAAGGUUCUUGAAACAUACAGGGCAAAGAUUCUCGAAAGUUUCGGCAUUCGUAUCGAAGCUGUGGACUUCGGCCAACCGGGGACGAUCUCCAGCUACAUCAAUAAGUGGGUUAAACAACUGACAAGCAAUGCAAUAUCCGAGAUCGCGACUGAGAGUUCUUUCACACCUCUUUCAGCAUUGGCGAUCGUCAACGUAGUUUAUUUCAAAGGCGACUGGCGUAUCAAAUUCGACCCACAGUCGAACUCAAUUGGCUGCUUCUACACCAAUUCAAAGUGCGUAAAAACCGAGUUUAUGUCUAUGACUGGGGAUUUCAGAGCUGGUGUAAUUGGACCUCUUAAUGCCCUAGUAUUAGAGCUUCCGUACAGCGACCCACGCUACACCAUGGUCUUCGUCUUGCCGAAGAUAGGGAUGAAGCAGUUGAUGAGGGACCUCACAUUCAUCCCUCUCCUUCCUUUACUAGACUCUCUUCCAUAUGUCGACGUCUCGAUCAAAAUCCCGAAAUUUACUGUAGACUAUUCCAUCAAAUUGAACAACAUCUUGACUAAGUUAGGGUCAGGAAGUAUGUUCACCGACAAGAGUAAUCUUACUAACAUGUUUGCGACAAGUGGAAAAGUCACUGACAUGGUGCAUAAAGCCAAGAUAGUCGUUAACGAAAGAGGGACUAUUGCAGCUGCUUCAACGGUUUCGUUCGUAGAAACGUUAAUCGCUUCUUACACCCGUCAUUUCGUGGCAGACCGUCCAUUCCUGUACUUAAUCAGGAUGAAGGAUGUUGGAUUCCUUUUCCAAGGGCAGUAUAUGGUUCCAACCGGUGACGAUGUGAAAAAAGAUGUCGAAAUCAUACCGCCGACUUUGCCGCAACUAUUAAAAGGACCAAGACCUCAGGUCAGUUCCAAUUGAAGCAGAGAUUUUGAGUAAAAGUGAUUCUAAGGUUGAAGAUAGGCCAUGGGUCCCACAGACAUCUGGAAACGUUAUAAGUAUGGCCUAUCCUUUUGAAAACGAACAAAAUUCUAGUGGAAACCGCCCAAAACCUAGUAUAGUCAAUAAACAAUAUUAAGAAUUCCAAGGAGUUGAGAAUGCUAAUAUUGUGUUGAUUAUUUCUGGAUAAUCAAACAUAUAUAUAAUCUAGUUCCUUUUUAUUUAUUUUUAUACUUUUUGCCAAAUUUAAAAAAAAAA